CCGAGCGCGGGCCCUGAGCACCACCGCAUGGAGCGGGACGAACGGCCGCCUAGCGGAGGGGGAGGCGGCGGGGGCUCGGCGGGGUUCCUGGAGCCGCCCGCCGCGCUCCCUCCGCCGCCGCGCAACGGUUUUUGUCAGGACGAACUGGCAGAGCUUGACCCAAGCACUAUUUCUGUUCCAGAUGAUCGGGCUGAACAACGAACCUGUCUCAUUUGUGGGGACCGCGCCACAGGCUUGCACUAUGGAAUCAUCUCCUGUGAGGGGUGCAAAGGGUUUUUCAAGCGGAGCAUUUGCAACAAGCGGGUAUAUCGGUGCAGUCGUGACAAGAACUGUGUCAUGUCUCGGAAGCAGAGGAACAGAUGCCAGUACUGCCGCCUGCUCAAAUGCCUCCAGAUGGGGAUGAAUCGGAAGGCAAUCAGAGAAGAUGGCAUGCCUGGAGGCCGGAAUAAGAGCAUUGGGCCAGUCCAGAUAUCAGAGGAAGAGAUCGAAAGGAUUAUGUCUGGGCAGGAAUUUGAGGAAGAGGCCACUCACUGGAGCAACCAUGGUGACAGCGACCACAGUUCCCCUGGGAACAGGGCUUCAGAGAGCAACCAGCCCUCACCAGGCUCCACACUGUCCUCCAGUAGGUCUGUGGAACUAAAUGGAUUCAUGGCAUUCAGGGAUCAAUACAUGGGGAUGUCUGUGCCUCCACACUAUCAAUAUAUACCGCACCUUUUUAGCUAUUCUGCCCACUCUCCACUUCUGCCCCCACAAGCUCGCAGCCUGGAUCCCCAGUCAUAUAGUCUGAUUCAUCAGCUGGUGUCAGCCGAGGACCUGGAGCCAUUGGGCACGCCCAUGUUGAUUGAAGAUGGAUAUGCUGUGACUCAAGCAGAGCUAUUUGCCCUGCUUUGCCGCCUGGCUGACGAGCUGCUUUUUAGGCAGAUUGCCUGGAUCAAGAAACUGCCUUUCUUCUGUGAGCUCUCAAUCAAGGAUUACACGUGCCUCCUGAGCUCUACGUGGCAGGAAUUAAUCCUGCUGUCCUCCCUCACUGUUUACAGCAAGCAGAUCUUCGGGGAGCUGGCUGAUGUCACCGCCAAGUACUCACCCUCUGAUGAAGAACUACAUAGAUUUAGUGAUGAAGGGAUGGAGGUGAUUGAGCGGCUCAUCUACCUGUAUCACAAGUUCCAUCAGCUAAAAGUGAGCAAUGAGGAGUAUGCUUGCAUGAAAGCAAUUAACUUCCUAAAUCAAGAUAUCAGGGGUCUGACCAGUGCCUCGCAGCUGGAACAAUUGAACAAACGAUAUUGGUACAUUUGCCAGGAUUUCACUGAAUAUAAAUAUACACAUCAGCCGAACCGUUUUCCUGACCUCAUGAUGUGCUUACCUGAGAUUCGCUAUAUUGCAGGAAAGAUGGUGAAUGUACCCCUGGAGCAGCUGCCCCUCCUCUUUAAGGUGGUGCUGCAUUCCUGCAAGACAAGUGUGGGCAAGGAGUGACCUGUCCCCAGCACCCCUCCUCAGGCCAAUGGCAAGGCCUGGGGUGGGCAGGACAGGCUCCGGAAGAAAGAGCCAGAGAGACCAAGAUGGAGGCUGUGGAGCAGCCUUGCCAGUUGCCUCCAUAGCAAAAGAGUUUUUGUUUGUUUGUCUUGUUUUUUUAACCUCAUUUUUCUAUAUAUUUAUUUCACGACAGAGUUGAAUGUAUGGCCUUCAA